AGGAAGAAGAUGGCAGUGGGAAGUGAAUCCAAGCGUUUGCAGACACCGCCUGCACAUAACUCAUGGAGGAGGAGAGUGUUGGCAUCCAUCGCCACCUCAAGUGGGAGACCAAAUGGGGCGCAGCAGAUACCUCCGCUGCUUGCCGCCAAACCCCAGCAUUUAAUGCCGUCUCUUCCCCCUCCCUCUCUCCCGUGCAUGUCCUUCCAACCCUCCAUUAAUGCUCCCUAACCUUGUCUGACAGUGCCCUGCCACCAGCUCUCAUUAACUACCUCGCUCCUCUAGCACAUCAAUCAAUCGCAUCCUUCAUCUACUCCGCUUCCUUCUUCUUGGCACCUCCUCCCCUUCUCUUACGUCUCCAAGUACCGGAGUUCUUGCUGUCGAACGAUGUUGGUUGAGGUGAGCUCGAGGGAGGGGAAGCGGGAUCCGAUAACCCUCGACCUCCUCGGCGGCUGCACGUCGGUGGCACCCAAAGACGUUGAUGCUGGCUCGAAGCCGUCCAUUGGCUGUCGUGGCGACCUCCGUCCGCUGGACCUUAACCGGCUGCCGGACGACGGCCCGAAGCCGGUAGCCGCGGCGCUCGCCGGGAGCCAGAGCGUGUGCACCAUCGAGAAAGUGAAGUGGGCGCUGGAGCGGGCGGAGCGCGAGUCGCGCGGCAGGGAGAUGGACGAGGAGGAGCAGCAGCGGCAGCGGCGGCGGCGGCGGAGGAUGGGGAUGGAGAGGAGGAGGAGGAGGAGGAGGAGUCAUGAGGCAUCGGACGGCUGCUCCUCCCCCUCGCCCUCGCCCUCGCCCUCACCCUCACCCUCGCCCUCCUCUUCGUCGUCCAUCACGACGGCGUCGAUCAAGCGGCGGGGUGACGGGGAGGAGGGGUGCGCCGGCUGCGACUCCGCAGGCGGCAGCCUGGUGGCGGCGGGCUGCCCUAGCUGCCUUUCCUAUGUGCUGAUAUCGAGGAUGAACCCGCGGUGCCCACGCUGCGACUCGCAGGUGGCACCGCCCUUGGCGGCGGCGGCGGCGGCGGCGGCGGCUCCUCCGCCUCCGCAGAAGCGGCCCCGCAUCGACCUCAAUUUUGCGCUUUUCCCCCUGUAAAAUUACUUAAUUAUAUAUGUAUAUAAAAAUAUACAGGCAAGAGCAGUAUAAAACAGUAUUAUUAAUUUCCAA